GAUUUGAUGAAACUAGAAGUCUGCACGAGGCGGAACCGUGCCUUGCGACAGGCCUGUCCCUGCAAUGACAUUCACUCUGACAGCUAUUGACGGUCGGUCGUUCCUGCCAUGGAUCUGUUUGGUGGACGGCGGGAAGCAAGCGCAACUGACCAACUCAGCAAGCGCAACGGAUGCCUCAGGCAAUCCUCCUCUUUGUGUGCCCUGCCCUCUUCUCGCCACCAUUCUCGACCAUUCCGCAAUGGUCGAGUCAAGAGACCUUCUUGCGACACUUCCCUCGGUCGGAGUUGGGUUGUCCGCCAGUCGACCGUUGCUCAGCUCAUGCCCUCCCAGGGCUUUGGGCUGCGGACCUUUGGGACCCAUCGAUCUCGCGAACUGUUGCAUCCCUCACGCUGGGCAAUCUAUCCAUGCCUAGAAAGACUGGCACUUAGGAGGGUCGCAGACAACAUCUUCCACACAGGCUUAUCGCCGGGUGAGACUGGAGGCUCCCGCAUUGUUCUCGCCGUUCUGCCUCUGCCUGUGGCGUCUGGAUAUUGGCCCAGGCAUGGGGUUGUUUGCCAGUCAAGCCGACUUCCACUUCAUCCUCCUCAGCUAGCUCACCGGUUCCCUAUUGGCUGCUACUGCUCCUCCAGCUUUGCUCUGCCUGCAAAUGGGCUCGUCGUGGCUGCAGCGGAGGCACUCGCUUCAUGGGUAAUUGUCUCCUGUGCCGUACGAGAAGACAAGGUUUCUUAUCGAGACCGGAACUCCUCCGCAGAGUCCCAUGGCGGACGGCCAUUCAAAAGCCUUGUCACUAUGCUUUCCCUGUGGGACGCACUGCAUGCAAGGGUCCAUAAAAAUAAACCCAUAUAUCCUACUUCAUCCUACACCAUCUCACACAGCUGAGCACCAUCUUCUGUCCUCUCCUUGAAAGUGUUUUCGCGCCCGCGACUGUCCCUCCUUCUUUCCCCCCGCGCCAGCGCCAUCCGUUACUCUCCGCAAGCCUCGUCCCACCCCAACAUUGCUCAAUUCUUCAGCCGCAGCCUUCGAUGCAGCCUGACUGACCUAUCCCCGUCGCAAGGCAGGCAGUCAU